AAACACUCCGUCUCAAAAUUUCAAAGGACGAUACCCAGAAAGCCGUUUAUUUCAGCUGCCUUGACAGCUAUCUUAAUUCAGCUGUGCGAAUUUUCAGAAGCAUACAAGUUGUUUCAAUGCACAUCUCUGGCUGAAAGAGCGCUGGCCAUCAGCUUCACAGGGGCUCUUCUUAAAAUAUUGUUCUUCACUUUUUUUUCAAGUCAUUUGAGAUGGCUCAGAGCUGACAUUUCCACUGAUCACCCAUUUUUGCCUUUCAGACAUGGCCACGUCCAGUUCCCUUCUGUGGGCCGUUGACAUUUUCGGGAGGGUUUACACUCUGCCUACUGUUGGCCAAUACUGGGAGCUCUGUAAGGACACACAGCUGGAAUUCAAGCGGGUCUCUGCUGUCAAGCAGUGCUGCUGGGGAAUAGCCUGCGACCAUCAGGUGUACACCUACGUCUUCUCGGGUGACGUUCCCAUCAGAUACCAGGAAGAAACCUAUGAGAAUCAGCGCUGGAAUCCAGUCGGGGGCUUUUGUGAGAAAUUACUGCCCAGUGACCGCUGGCAGUGGAGCGAUGUGAGCGGGCUGAAGCAUCAGCAGCUUGAUAGCUUCACACUGCCUUCACCACACUGGGAGUGGGAGUCUGACUGGUAUGUGGAUGAAAAUAUUGGAGGGGAACCAACAGAGAAAGGGGGCUGGACUUACGCCAUAGACUUCCCCAAUACCUACACAAAGGAUAAGAAAUGGAAUUCUUGUGUGAGACGCAGGAGGUGGAUCAGAUACAGGAGAUACAAAUCACGGGAUGUUUGGGCGAAGAUCGUGUCACACGAUGACCCAGACCGGUUGCCAGACCCUUUCAAUGACAUCUCGACUGGAGGAUGGGAAAUCACCGACGAGCCUCCUGGCCGCUUAUCAGUAUGGGCAGUUUCUUUGCAAGGAAGGGUGUGGUACAGAGAAAAUGUUUGCCAUCACAAUCCAGAAGGUUCCACGUGGUCCUUAAUCAGCACUCCUGGUGAAGUUGCACAGAUCAGCUGUGGGCCCUAUGACCUCCUUUGGGCAACUCUGUGGGAAGGGCAAGCUAUUGUGAGAGAAGGAAUUGACAGGAAUAACCCUCAAGGAAUUUCCUGGAGCACUGUGGAGUCCCCAAGCUCUGAAAAUGGGAUCAUGCACGUCUCUGUGGGUGUCGAUGUGGUAUGGUGUGUCACAAAAGAUCGAAAAGUGUGGUUUAGAAGAGGUGUGAACUCACAUAAUCCAUGUGGAACAAGCUGGAUUGAAAUGGUUGGAGAAAUGAUGAUGGUAAAUGUAGGCUUAAAUAACCAGGUCUGGGGAAUUGGCUGUGAUGACAGAACAAUCUAUUUUCGCCAAGGUGUCACGCCAAGUGAGCUCAGUGGGAAGAUGUGGAAGGCAAUUGUUUGUGGUCGAGAGAGUGACAGAUCUCAGACGGGGAGCUCAACAAGUCUGCUCAGUGCUGGCUGUUUCUUUACCGAUGAUAUUCAGAACCAGACAAACGCCAUCAUUCAGGGUGAUGCAGACACUUCCUCGGACACAGAGCUCUCAAGCAUACCCACAAACUUCAGCAGCACACCCCCAGUGGGAGCAGCAGCCAGCAGCGCAGGCAGCCGGGCAGCAGGAGCACCUGCCAGUGUGACUGUGGAUCCUCUGGACUCUGAUCAAGAAGCCCCUGCUGCUUCAGCAAAUAACGAGAAAGCUCACCUUGAAAGCUGUAAAUCCACAAAUCCAAAUCCUCCUGCAGAACUGCAGUGGACGAACAUUGACUUAAAGGAGGCCCACAGGCAUGCAGUCCUCUCCAUUGGCACCUUUGCAGAAACAUCCAGCCUGUCUUCCCUUGGCAUGUUCUCUGUGGGAGCUGAAGAACAGUACGGAGCUGAUGAGCACCCACUGUGGGCCUGGGUGUCCGGGGGAGGCUGUCUUGUAGACCUGCACAGCCCACUGAAAUGGUUCGCUGUUCCAUCAGGUCUGUCGUCCUCUGUGCAGUCUCUCUCUCUGUCCAUCACUCCAGCACAGACAGCAGCAUGGCGAAAGCAAAUCUUUCAGCAGCUCAGUGAAAGGACGAAGAGGGAACUGGAGAAUUUCAGGCACUACGAACAGGCUGUUGAGCAGUCAGUUUGGGUUAAAACUGGGAUGUUGCAAUGGUGGAGAAAUUGGAAGCCUCAUAAAUGGAUGGAUGUGCGAGUGGCACUCGAGCAGUUCACUGGGAGCGAUGGAAUGCGUGACAGCAUCCUGUUCAUCUACUACCUGUAUCAUGAGGAGAAAAAGUAUAUUCACGUGUUCCUGAAUGAAGUCACUAUUAUAGCUGAAGUUCUGAAGGAAGGCAAGCACUCCUUUGCCCUGUACACACCUGAAAGGACAAAGCAGCGAUGGCCAAUCUGCCUGGCAGCCACAACAGAGCAAGAAAUGCAUGACUGGCUGUCUCUGCUGACCAUGUCUUGUUGUGAAAGCAGACGGAUUCAAGGCCCUCCUUCUCACCAAGCCAUUUGGUCAGUUAGCUGUAAAGGAGACAUCUUCGUUAGCGAGCCAAGUCCUGAGCUGGAGGCUGGACCACAGCCGAUGCCAUGCGAUCAAAUGUUUUGGCGUCAAGUUGGAGGUCAUCUUCGACUGGUAGAGUGCAAUAACCGAGGCAUAGUGUGGGGCAUAGGAUACGAUCACACAGUGUGGGUCUACACUGGUGGAUACGGAGGUGGCUUCAUUCAAGGACUGGCCAGUAGUGCUGAUAACAUUUAUACGCAGUCGGACGUGAAAUGUGUUUACAUCUAUGAGAACCAGCGGUGGAACCCAGUCACUGGAUAUAGCAGCAGAGGCCUGCCCACAGACAGGUACAUGUGGAGUGAUGCAUCUGGUUUGCAGGAGUGCACCAAAGCCAACACCAAGCCUCCUUCACCGCAGUGGUCUUGGGUAUCCGACUGGUACGUUGAUUUCAGUACUUCGGGUGGAACUGACCGGGAAGGCUGGCAGUAUGCAGCAGACUUUCCAGCGUCUUACCACGGCCACAAGACAAUGAAAGACUUUGUCCGACGGAGGCGCUGGGCAAGAAAAUGUAAGAUAGUCACCAACGGGCCAUGGCUGGAAGUGCCUCCUGUUACCCUGUGGGACAUCUCCAUAAUUCCCAGUUCAGAUGCAGAUGAUGAAGAAUCAGUAGCACUGUGGGCAAUCAGUGACAAAGGAGACGUGCUCUGCAGGCUUGGAGUGACACAGCAAAACCCAGCUGGAACAUCCUGGCUUCACGUGGGAACAGAUCAGCCCUUCAUUUCCAUUUCGGUUGGAGCAUUUUUCCAGGUGUGGGCUGUUGCUAGAGAUGGUUCUGCCUUCUAUCGGGGCUCAGUGUCUCCAAAGAAACCUGCAGGUGACUGCUGGUACCACAUUCCUUCGCCUCAAAAACAAAAGUUAAAACAAGUCUCAGUAGGACGAACAUCAGUGUUUGUGUUGGAUAAAAAUGGCAAUCUGUGGUACCGGCAGGGCAUCACGCCGAGCUACCCGCAAGGAUCUGCUUGGGAUCAUGUCUCAAAUAACAUCCGUAAAAUGUCUGUGGGGCCCCUGGACCAGGUCUGGGUGAUAGCUGACAAAGUGCAAGGAAGUCACAGUCUGAGCUGUGGGACCGUCUGCCACCGCACUGGGGUUCAGCCGAUGGAACCCAAGGGCCUGGCGUGGGACUACGGCAUUGGGGGUGGAUGGGAGCACAUCACAGUCAGAGGAAACGCCAGCGAGGCGCCCAGGAGCAGCGCGCCCAACGCCUGCGAGAGCCCCACAGAGCCCAUGGGCUCGGAAGGCAGCGGAAAGAAAGGGAAAACAGAACCCUCCAGAACGCCUCUGCUGGUCAGUGAAAGACAGGAGGUGGACAGAAAUGCAGUUAAUUGUUAAAUUGCCACCGUCUGCGUUUUGCAAAAAGCAGUAGUCAGUAUAACUUCUAAAGAAACUAAAUGCUCAUUGCCUGAGAGAAAAACACGACGUUCUUGUGCUACUGAUGUAUUUUACCAAACUGGAAUUUGCAAUGGGGUAAUUUAAAUACUGAUUUCUUCUACUAGGAUGUGUGUAAAAUGUGACUCCAUAGAAGUAAUAGUUUUGUCAGGACAGGAAAGCACUGCAGCCAACCGUGUAUCUCAGACCCUUUUCCACAGCUGCUACACAACCAUACAAAUGUGAAAUUCUUUGCAUACAACCAUAACAUUUUUCCUUUUUUAAAAAACAUUACAAUUCCCUGUCCCUAUGUUUCUCUCAUGCAUACCUUUGACAGUAUAUUUUAGAUGCAUAUUUGAGCAGAGACAUCAAUAUAAGAGGCAGUUCCAGUGACUUGCACUGUGAACAUAACUACAGCCUCGACUAUAAACAUUUAGGCAGUCACAUAACUUUGCUCACCUCAGUCCUGCUUAUGUCAGCCUGCAGAGCUUUGGUCAUGUUACUGCUGUUCCCAUCAGUAAAACUGAACUUCAUACAACUCAGCUUACGGUGCAGUUAUCAGUAAGGGACAACUUCUGCCAUCUUGGCACACAGUAAGUAAUACCUUAAUCAAGAAGUGGAAUCACUGGUCUUUGCAUGACUGCGUAGACAACAUGUUCUGUUCAGUCCUGGUAAGACAGGCACGGUCUCAUGCUAAAUUGUCCCAAUAGCAGUAAAUUUCAUCUCCACCUUAACUGGAACCCUGAUAACUGGGGGACAGAUGCCCACCUAAUGAUGCUGGAAGGAUCUGACACCGGAGGGGUGAGGCUGUGCUCCAGAGAGCUGCAAGGUUUGCUUUCAUACAGCAAGGAGAAGAGCAGGUCUUAAGUAAGAUUCUGACUUCACGCUGGUAGGAAUGCAAAAUAAGUUCACUAGUCCCCAGGGACAUUGCCACCAUAUACUACUGCAGAUUCAAGAGAAGGCUGUGCUCUUUAGUGAUUGAUUCAACCCUUUCUCACAAGAAACCACUUUUCAUUCCCAGAAAAGCCUAUUUUCCUGUCUUUUGCUUAUCUUAGUUAAACUGUGACAUAAAAUUAUUUGCAGUCUAACCCAUGGAAGUGCUAAGAAGGCACGUUGCCCCUGGCAGCAGUUUACAAUCCUUUUCCCUGUGUGUGUGACUGUGUAUGAAGUUAUUUUUGUACGACAAGCAGUGUGGUGUGGUCUCAGUACUGUAUUUGUAGAACCAAAACUGAAGUUUGCAAGUAUUUAAAGAAUACAUUUGACAUUCUAACUCCAUGGAAAGCACUGUUUCCAAGUCCAAAUGUGAAUGAAGACUGAAGAUGCUGUAGUCUCAGAGCCUGCUGAUCUUUCUGACUUGUGAUGACGGAUCUGUUCUAUACUUGCAUAGUGGAAGCACCAUAAGUGACGUCUGCAUAAAUUACCAUACACAGAUUUUUGCAUAACUUGCACAGUAGCUCAUCCAAAUAAAAACUUUACCAUAUGCAUUUUUA